AUGGCAUUUUUAAAAAGGCUUGAAAAUGCUACAUUAACUUUUUUCAUGAACAUUUGUCCUUUCAGACUAUUUUACAAAUUGUAUUUCUAAGAUAAGAUUUUAUAAUUUUUUUGCUUUCUGUGGAUAGGGCUCUUGUGUAUAGAGUUAAUACUGCUUUUGAGGGCUAACAUCAGUUUUAAGAAUUGGCAGGAAUAGUUCUAUUUCAACUUCUGUUACUAAGUAAAAAAUUUUAACUAUUAGUGAAAUGAACUAGUUAAUGAGUUAAAGAGGUCAUCAUUAAUAGGCUGUUGUCUAGAGCUUUAUGCCUUGUUAAGCAAUAAGAGUUUAAGAGGAACCUGGUAAAGUCAUUUGUUAGCGAUCUCUGAAAGUAGGAAAUGAUAACCCUGUGAGUCAGUCCAACACAGAAUGAAAUAUUUACAGUAUUUCGCUCCCAAAGCAGUACACAAGCAAAUUGGUAAAUACACUGAAGCAUUGCAAGUUGUAGGUUUGUGGGGAAAGUCCCCUGGAAGGACAUAGGUGCUAAGACAAACGGAUGUUCUUUAGCAGGAUGAGUUGAUAGUGUAGAACAUCUGUAAGGAGACAGAUGUUACCAGGGAUCAUACUAAGAAUAGGUAUGUUGUACCAUCAAAAGGACUUAAUAGAACUAGCUAGGGAGGAUUUAGACUAAAAUGUUUGAGAUAAUAGGUGUUUUAAGCCUUGAGACACAUUUUGGGAAGUAGGUUGGGUUAAAGUAAGGGAAACUAAUCAGGAGACUGAUAUUUUCUCAGAAACAGGAUAGGGACUAAACUAGUGAAAAGAAGGCUUAUUAUAGUAAUAAGAAAUUGUGAGUUCUGUAGGCUAGGAAAGUGGUGAUGGUUGGACCAAAGAAGUUGGGAAGAGCAGAUAAUGCUGAGUUGAAGGAGAUGGUAGGAUUUCUAAAAGGGAAUUAGCUUUUGAAUGCAUGUAAGAAUGAGAAUGCAUGAAAAGAUUUGGGAGGACAAAGUUGAAACCUCAGAUAAUUAAAAAUAUAUAUAUUUAAGGAAACAACCAAAACAGUCAUAUUCACAGAGGUCACAGUUUAAACUUUUAAAAUGCAGUUUGUUUUUUUUUUAAGGAUGUGUUAAGAUUAGGCAAGAAAACAAGACAGUUUAUUGAAAAAAAGGAAAAGUUGUAAAAAAAUAGUUAGGAAAGCAAGAUUUUUAAACAACGUUUUUGCUCUCAUUCUGAGAAGUGACAAUUGCAUCUGACCAUAGGGAUACCAAAAGUAAUGUCGAAAGUAUUUUGAAAUGAACGAUCAAUAGCUCAAAACAAAAAUCUGUUGUGCCUCAAAUUUAUUAUCUUGCAUUUGAGUUUAUGUAUGAUUUAAGGGUUGAUAAGCUAGCUAUACCCCAACUCUUUCCCUUUUGGAGCAUGAGUUAAAUCAGGUAAAACUAAUUCCUGGGUAAUUUCUUUGUUGUACUAAAUUGUACACUGUAAUACCUGCAUUCUAUUGAAAUGGAACUUUUUUCUUUUGUUCCUAAAGGUAAACCAUAUCAUCUCCCAGCAUUUCCUUCAGCUAAUUUUUAUACUUUCUGAUAAUGAAAGAAAUGACUAGACUUUACUGAACUUAGGUGAAGAUCCCUGUAAAUAUUGAUUUGAAUAAUGCUUCCCCCUCCCCCCCCCCAUGUAUUUACAGAUGAAACAUGAGUGGUUUUGGUUGGAAUCUGUACAAGAGUAUCAAAGUGACACUGAUUUGAGCAACUACUGCAGGUCCCUCAUCAGCACGUGGAACUCCAGUCUAGGUCUUGAUGUGGGCAACUGGAGGAAAACUGAGGAACUCGAAGAAAGCAGCCCAAGGAGAGAACCUAGUGAGCUGCUUGUGGGGGAUGAAGGCAGUGAGGAGUAUCAGGACGAGGCAGAGCAAGUCAACCGCCAGAACCUCCUCCAUUUUCUCUCUGAGGGAGAGGAGUCACAAGAAUCCAAAGAGGAGGACCAGGGUGAAGGGUACGGGUCAGAGAUGGAAGAGUCCCCUUUAGGUGAGUGUGAAGAUGGCUGCAGCCUUCAAGGGAGUCCUCUGGUGGAUAUUCUUCUCAGCCACACAGCCUCCUCAAAUCUGACUGAUCUAAACCAGGAUGAAGCUCUUCAGGAUCAUUUGCUGUUUAAGAAGACUGUUCUGCCAGUCUGGAAAAUGAUUGCUAGUCACAGAUUCAGCAGUCCAUUUCUGAAGCCUGUAUCAGAAAGGCAGGCCCCAGGGUACAAGGAUGUGGUGAAAAGACCCAUGGACUUAACUAGUGUGAAAAGAAAUCUGUCUAAGGGACGAAUUCGCACCUUGGCUCAGUUCCAGCGGGACCUGAUGCUGAUGUUCCAGAACGCUGUGAUGUACAAUGACUCUGAUCAUCACGUGUAUCACAUGGCUGUGGAAAUGCAGCGCGAAGUACUGGAACAGAUUCAGGUGCUGAAUAUUUGGUUAGACCAAAGGAGAGACUUGAGCAGUCUGGAAUGAAAACCUACCAAUCCAGUGGAUGAUGGAAACCUGUUUAGUUGACUUGGAGCUGCUACUCUGCCCUGUUCUCCAGUUUAAACCUCUCGAAACUCUGACCCUGAGAAAACGCCAGUACUUUGUUUUACCACUUUUAUGUUACUCUUUCUAGUCAAAGUAAUACAUUGAUUCACAACCAGGGAGCAGUGGUACCUGUGGAUAGACUAUUAAAAUAAAGGGAGAAGAGCUGGGAUUUGGAUUGAUGUCAUGCAUGUUACCCAUUUCUUUGUCC